AUGCCGCGCCCCUUCCAUUUGGCCAGCUCCGCCUUGCAGCGCUCGCGCUUAUCCUCUUUGGGCAUGCAGCGUUCGCACAUGCCUCUCGGCCCGUGCAGACAGCGCGGACGCCACUCAUCAUCUUUCUUGCCGUCCUCGUCCGCGGCUUCCUUCUCCUGCGGUUUGCUGGGCGGCGACGGACUUGCCGCAGGCGCAACCUCCUUCACCUUCCCCUUGACGUACACAAAAUCGCCCUGGCGUGCCGUAGAGACGUCGAAGGGCGUGGCGAGCUUGACGUCACCGUGCAGGCUGAAGAGCCCGUCCAUGGCGCCCAGCGAAUCGAUGAGACCGCCUAGGUCCGAGAGCGAGCCGUUGGGCGGCAGCGAGACGCGCUCCGUUCGGCCGGACGGCAAUCUCACGCGGAGAAUCAUGGUCGGAGGAAGGAAGAAGGAGGGAGUGAGGACGGGAGCGCGAUGGAGGAGUGGAAAGCAUGCGGCCCCCGGGGCCGGUCUUAACAUGGAGGACGUCGACAGAGGAAACGUCUAG